AUGCGUACAGCGUUUGUUUCCUCUCGUCGGGCGGCCUUCAUCCUUCACAAAACAGCUUCCGGUAAUCAUCUUAUCAUGCAUCUUGUCGAUAUUGCGGCGAUGAUUCAUUUGAACAUUCGAAAAACAUUUCGAAGAUGAACAAUUUUUGAAUGAUUCUUUAAAGUUAAAUUGAAUCAAACUCUGAAUUUCAAGUUUACGCCCGAAAACUAUCGUUCAGUUGGGGUUUUUGAAAAGAAGUUUCGUUCCAUCGACUCUAAUGGGACCAUUUGAGGGCUGCCAGUCUCCGCCUACAAUGGCUUCGCCACGAGUUCAGUCGUUUCGAAGGCGAGCGAAUCUCCGCCGCCAGGUCUCGCCAAGGAAAUAGAACAGUGUUAUUCGCGGCUCGAUCUCAGCUUCGAAAACACAAAAGAGGCCUUCAAAGUUUGUUCACUCUUUUGUUGGAAGUAUAUUUACAUUAAUCAAGAGCAAGACGAAUUCUGAGUUGAUACGAGCGCUUGUCGUUUUGCGAUUGUGCAGCGUGGGCUGGCUCGUCCAGAAAAAUCAAGCCAUUCUGGCUACCCUGAGAAACGUCCUCGGCAGGUAUUUCCCAGAACCUCCGAUACCGUUAACCCAUUUCAAGCACUCUUUUCAAGAAAGUCCUCAAAAGCACUUUCUAUGGCCAUUUUGUCGCCGGCGAGACAAAAACCGAGGUUUUUUUUUCACCAAACGGGAUGACCUCUUCUGAGUUUUCAGGUGGAGCCUGUGGUGAGCAAGUUACGGCGUUUUGGCGUCAAGUCCAUCCUCGACUACUCUGUCGAAGCGGACAUCUCUAGCGAGGAGGCUACAAAAAGAACAGUUAAAGGCACUUCUGAUGCUAAGAUUGAGACGGCGGUACGAAGGCCGAGCCCAUUUUUUUUGCCGCUUGAAAUGAUCAUCUACGCAGAGGUUUCAGGCGAUGACAGAAAUAGUCGACCCGGCGACUGCAGAGACGACCCGCGAACGAUAUUCCGUCCACAAGGAGUUUGCCGACCGUCGCGAAGGCGUGGCCAGUGCCAGGUCCAUUCAUUAUUUUUGUCCCUCUAAUGAAUUGUUCUAUGUCGAGUUCAAGCUGAAUUUAUCGAUUUCAGAACAUAUUUCUACGAAGGCGAGGAGGUUUGCGAUCAGAAUCGCGACAUUUUCCGCGACUCCAUCGACGCUGUCGCCGCUGUCACCGGCGGCGAAGGAUUUUGCGCCGUUAAAAUAACCGCGUUAGGAAGACCUCAACUUCUUCUGAAGCUCUCAGGUUUCAUAGAUUUCCUUUGCAAUCUUCCGUCGAAAAAGUGAACAAAAUAAAAAAUUUCUUUAAAAAACUAAAAGUUACCACGUAUUUCUUAUACUUUCUCGUAUUAUAGAAUAUAUGAAAAAAAUAACUACAGAAAUAUUUCAUUCGGACUUUCGAUUUUUUUUUACGUUGAAGUAUUUUAUUUUGGACCAAUCUACCAACAUUUUUUGUUCAAUCACUGAGAAAAGAAAAGAACGUAGUUUUUUUGAAUCAUUUAGAUUUAGACCCUAACUUCAGGAAAGAAUGAUAUUUUGAUUUAUCGAAUGAUUUUUAUAAAUUUGAAAACUGAUUGUUUGCAGAAUCCAUAGCCCAGACACAAAACUUCUUCAGAGCUCUCACUCAGGUCAACAAGAUCCAAGUGGCGCGGCUCACUGAGCAGGACUUCAUCAAUAGGCUCAAGGUUUUUUCGAUCUUUUUUUGUGAGAACUCAUUCAAUUUUUUGAAUUCCGUUUUGCUCUAAUUUUUAUCAUUAUUCACGGCGUAGAAAGAAGUGUAUAACGGUGGGAAAAUGUGUCAGCUUUGAAAUCAAGUCUUAGAUUUUCACGUCUUCAAAACUGACCUAUUUUGUUUUGAGAAUUCUCAAAAAUUCCCUUCGUGUAGUCUUAUUCAUACUCUCACCUAAUCUGAAGACGUGCGUUUGGCUGAAUAAAAGAUGAAAUAAUGAGGAUCGACUCAACUGAAAUCGUUUGAGGAACUGGGCGUGAAGACCGACUCUCAGUCGGCUCGCAAAUGGUUCCGCACGGUUGACUUCGAUUCUGACGGCGAGGUCGACUUCCACGGCUGGAAUAAACUUCUCGACGACAACACCAAACUCGGACAGCUCUUCAAGGUUUCCAGCUGUGUAUUCUGCUUUGCAGUUCUAUCGUCUUCAGGUCCUCAAUAUCAACACCGGAGAGCUUGAGCCGCUCAUUCAGAACUUGUCCAACGAGGAAGAGCUCGAGGUUUUUGCUUCUCGUUUCUCUGCAAACUUCUCUCAUCUGUAGUUCCGAAACAUGGUGCGAAGGACGUUGAACGUCGCCGAGUACGCCAUUUCGAAAGGUGUCAGAAUCAUGGUCGACGCUGAACAGACCUACCUGCAGCCCGCCAUUUCGCGCAUCACCAUCGAAAUGAUGAAAAGGUCAACCAAUUAUCAGUUCUUUAGUUAUUUAGAAGUCUCAAAUCAUUCCAUUUUGUAACUUUUAAAAAGAACAUGUCAUAGUCAAGGAAAACUUCAAAAGUUGGCUAUCUUGAUAAUUUUGAGUUUUUUAGGCCCUUUUCUCUUGCAACCUGAAAAGGUGUGUUGGUUGAGAAAGCAUCUGAACUUCUCUAGGUUUUUUAAAGGUCUUUCUCAGAAAUUUCCAAGGUGGAAGUGAAAUGACGGCCCUCUUGAGUGUAGAAUCACUUCUUUCCAGUGAAAUUCUGCUUAUUCCGAAAUUUUGAUUGAAGGUACAACAAGGAGCGCGGCAACAUCUUCAACACGUAUCAGGCCUACCUGAAAAGCGCCCUGCAGAACAUGGAGGCCGACAUGCAGGUCGCCAGACGCGAGGGAUGGCAUUUUGGCGCGAAACUCGUCCGCGGCGCCUACAUGGAGCAGGUUGGAGCAGUGCGGCUCAUCUUCGAACUUUUUCCUUUUCAGGAGAGGAAGCGCGCCGAAACAGUUGGCUACGCUGAUCCGAUCAACGUUAACUAUGAGGUUGACUUGUGUUCUCAUCUUUUUUAUUAUCAAUUUUUGAACUUUUCGAUGCAUUUUUCUUCAACCUUAGGUCAGCUUUCUCGGAAAACUUUUUCGAAGUCUCUCAAAAUAAUCUGAGUUGAUUAAAUUGAAUACAAAUAUUUUGAAAUCAAGCGCAAAAAGUGAGCCGUCACAAAAUGAUCUUACUGGUACCCAUCCUAUUCAAACAAGUGAAUUGCAGUUUUUAAAGUAAUGCUUCACCACCGUGUCUAUGUGAGGUUGAUAAAAAUUUUUCAAUGAUUUUUUUUAUACUAAUCCAUUCGGGCUGAUUUGGACGAUGGGCCGCUCUCGAACCUUUCAUUUUGAAGAUCCGAAAUAGAAGCGCGCAAAAAUUUUGUUUUUCAAUGUUCUAUAAGUAAGACUUUUUUGAACUUCGCGAGUGCUUCUUGUAUUUUAGACACCAAAUUCCAUACUUUGUUUCAAAAUCUGAAAUACUUUUACUUUCAGUCGUAGCGUUAUUUUUUCUUCAAUCUACUAUUUUUUUUCAAUCACGUUUUUCAAUUAUUCAAGUUAACGUUUUUAUGUGUUUCUUUUUUAACCCCCAUAUAUCUAAAACUCAGUUCCAUCGAUACUGAAAUCGUUCAGAUGACUUCGAAAAUGUACGAGUCUUGUUUGACGAGAAUUGGGGAUGAAAUUGAGCGUCGAGGUCGGAAUAACGUGUCAGUCAUGAUCGCUUCUCAUAACGAGGACACUGUCAGGUUGCUUUUUUAACUCAAUUCACUUUUCUUAAGGUAGAUUUUGUUUUAGUUAUUUUUAAAGGAGAUUAGAGUGAAGAAAACCAGUUAUUAAAAUGAGAUGAUGAUAUACAACGGGAAAUGGAGAAACAACGGCAAUAUUCUUUUGCAGGUUCGCGGUGAAUUUGAUGAAAGAGCGGACGAUUGCUCCGUCGGAACGACUCAUGUGUUUCGCUCAACUCUACGGAAUGUGCGAUCAGGUCUUUUGGCUUUUCUUCUGUCUUUUUUCUGCUUUUUUCAAUCAAUUUUUUAUUUUUUCAUAGUUGUAGAAGUAAAUCUCUGCUGAAUCAUGGUAUAAUCGAAGAGUUUGUCGUCGGCGCGGGUUAGGGUUCACAGACUGAAUAAAUUGAAUUGAAUUGAAUUGAAUUGAAAUUAAAUUUUAGAAGUAAUCGAACAAGAACUUUUGAAGCUAUAUAAAGAACAACCGCCUUUAGCGAAUUAGAAGACCAAACAUGUAGUUUAUCAAGUUGAAAGCAACGUCUUAAGGUCCUUCGUCUUGUUUUCUGCGCGUAGUUCAUUCAGUUGCGCCUUGCCGAGCACAGAAUGUAGCGAAUCUUGUGCUGGAGCACGGAGAACGUGUUCUAGGUGGAAGCCUCGAAAUGAGAGCGACCAGACGAGAUUUAAAAAUUUACACUGAAUAACAUCUAGAAUUGCGCGAACGGCAGAAAUAAGGUGACAUGAGAUGAUGGGUGACUUGGCAGGUUUCAUUCUCCUUGGGCCAGGCCGGCUAUUCAGUCUACAAGUACCUGCCCUACGGACCCGUUGAAGACGUCCUUCCUUAUUUGAGUCGUCGGGCUCUGGAAAACGGCAGCGUCCUCAAGAAGGCUAACAAAGAAAGGGUUAGUUUUUCCACAAUUUGAAUGGCGAUUUCUAAUUAUUUAUUUGAAAUAGUACCGUCGGAAUACAAAUUGUAAAAUCACCUCAAUUAAUUUUUGACAUGGCUCAUCUUUUUUAUCUGAAAAAGUUUAUCUUGUGAGCUAUUGUUUGAUCGAUUGAAUUUGCUUACCAGUUAGUGUUUUAUUUAUAUCCGCUUGAAAAACUCACCAGAUCCUUUUGUCGAUAUUUUCUUUUCUAUAAUUGAUAAUUUUGUUUGGCUGUACUCGAUUCUGAAUAGUUUCUUGAAUAUAUUAAAAUUUACUCUGGGCAUUCUCUGUUUUCACAGCCCAGAAAUAUACUUUUCUUCCACUCUUUGCUGAAAUCGUCAAUCCAAGUGAGAGGAAAAACGAUUGGAAGAACCUUUUUUUUUGUCAUCCAGGCCUAAAUUGUAAAAAUAAAUUGAGGUUUUUGAAACUUUUGCUAAAGAUCAUUUUUAUUAGGAGUUUGGACAUUUCUAAAACGUGUCCUUUUUUUGGCGGUUCCUGAAAUUUGCAACCUGCAAGGCUUCCUCGUUCUCGAAAAAUAACGCUUCAAAGUAUAGGAAUUGCACUUUUGACAGGGUUUUGAUGAAUUUAUCUAACUUCGAAGAGUCUUCUAACGAAAACUAAAAUUUUUUUCAAGUUCAGGAGUUGUGCCUUCUCAUUAAUUUUUUUUUCCUCUAUGGCUUUUGGACUUUUUCCGAUCACAUUUGAAAACUUUCAGGAUCUGCUGUGGAAGGAACUCAAGAGAAGGAUCGUAUCCGGAGAAAUUUCUUACAAAGUGCCAACUAACUAACAACCCGCCUUACGUGUUAGUUUUUUUCUUGUUGAAUCUUUCUAAAAGUUAUUUGGAAUACGAGUGAUCCAUGUUACGAAUCCAAGUAUGAUAUAAUAUCCUGCACGCAUAUUUUGAGAGCUUUGCUAAUCAAUCACUUUUAAUCAAGUAUCUGAUAAAAAUUUAGUUAACAGGCGAUCGAGGGUAAAAUUAACGAGAUUUUUAAAGUCGUUUGGUUUUGCAUCCAAUGCCCAAAAAUUCCCUCCAAAUGAUUUUUUUUUAUAACUUAUAAAAAAACCUCUGCUAGAAAUUAUUAUUGUUAUGAGAACUAAAUUUCUGAGCCUUUUUUUCUUUUUACGUUCAUCUACAAGGUUUCUUCCAAGUAUUUUUGUUCAGAUUUAGGAUAACAGUUUUCAUUUGUUCAACUUUAAUCUUGUUUUUUUUUUACUCGUCUCAAAGUUUUGCCACUUACCCCGUUGAAGUUUUUCUGCCCGAUGAUUAAAGUUUAUCUCAAUUUGAUCGAGUUUUUAGACACGCGCAUUAUAUCAGUUUCAUUCGAAGAAAGAAGCUGUCUGGAGUUUGUAUUUCCGUUUGGAGGAAAAAAAGAACGACUGGCGGCUGGCCUUGACAGUCACGAUCUCAAAACGAAAUAGACAGUCGUUCAUCAUUUUUACUUCGCGGACCAAAUGCCGCUGUUUGGCCCAAGAGUAGAUUGUAAUAGACACUUCGGCCGUCUUUAGAUCUUUUGAACUGUAUCACUUAUAAUAUUUGAAAUUGAAAUAUCAACAUCUUCUGGAAACAUAUUUAUGAAAAUAGAAACUAUGAAACCUUUUUUAAGAAUUAUUCUGAAACUUUUUUCAUGCGAUAGAGGAUAGUGUAAAUAUUUAAAUAUUCAUAAUCAAUUUAGUUGUGGAAAUAAGCUCACUAAGAAAAACGUUACGGCCAAAAAAGAAGCGAACGAAGCGUUGAACUGGAGGCUUAAUCGUACGGUUCACGCGAUGCUGCACGCAUUCAUUUCAAUUAUUUUUACGCAUUUCGGAAACCUUCCAACAGAAAAUUUUUCGAUUUUUAUUAUAAUUGUUUGGUAGAUUAUUUAUUUUCACACUUAAGUUUGAGAAUGUGUUGAUGAACAGAAUAAAGAAAUUAAGAAGAGUUUAGCGAUGGUAUUUUCUGAAAUGUGAUGAUAUUAUAAAAUUUGUCGGAAACUUCCGAAAAAUUUCAUUUUCUUUUGGAUUUUCGGAAAGAAUAAAGGAAAACGGAAUAUUAUUUAGUUUUGUAGAGCGACUUUGGACAUAUAUGUUUAGUCGAAGUUUGGGAUUGAACUGGUAGGCGCCUAAAAUUUUGCAACAAAAAAUCGUCAAUUUGGUGGUGUGAAUGAAGACUCUUCUACUGAGAGGCAGGGCCUUGCCCUCCCUAGCUGAAAAAUUUACAUGAACUGCAACGCAUUUCAAAAACUUAUCUUUACAACAAGGCUGUUCAAGUGACACAACAUUGGGGGCAAGCCAAGACAAUCUGACCGACAACGGACCUCUCAGGUCUCAAAUUUAUGACGGGCUUCAUGUCCGCUCUCUCAUGGCUGUGUGUCCGUAUGAGUCUGUCGUUUUUUCGCCGCAAUCGUUCUUUUCUUUAUCGUUUCUGUGACACGUUCAACUGUUGUUUCAACUGCCUUCGUAUGUUCCCACAAGAAAACCAUCUUUCAAAUGGCAGCGGUGCCUUUCUUCUCUGAUUGUCUUUGAUUUACCCAUCAGAAGACUCUGUUGAAAUCAAGGCUUUGAGAAAAGUGAAAGGAUAAAAUGAAGUGUCAUCAGUUGGGAAAACGGAUAAAUUGAGAUGUUCAAUGGAGAAAACUAGAAGUAGCAAAAACUUCGAACACUUUUUUUCCUUUUCAAAUUGGGUUUACUUUUGUUCGAAUGGAUUGGGAGAAGCUAGAUUGGCCAAAAGACGAAGGAAGUCUCAGCCGGCUCUACUCUUAUUCGUGAAUUGAUGAUGUUCGCAAGUUGCUUUGUUGAUCCAACCACCGGUCCUGGACAGUAGCGUGUAAUUUACUGUCGACAGCUCUCGGCCCUAAUUACACGAUUCACGAUUGUUUUGUCCGCUUUUUGUUCCUUGGAUUGGUCCAAUUAGCGGAUUCACUCCAGUCCGCUUUUUGUUCCAGUUACUGUUUUUUUCCUCAACUCCUCCUUUCAGGUGUCGACCGACAUCUGAAGAAAUGAGGUUUCUCGGAAGUGUACCUAAUCUGUCACCCAGUUCUCCGCCAUUUAGAGUUCCUCGAGCUUCGGAAUUGAAUCUCGGCUGGUCAUUCAUCAUGAGCGGUCUCUAGAAUUGCACGCCAGGUUCUUUGUCUUUUGGCUUUGCCCAUACUGCAGCGGAUCUCGUUUUUUUGGGUUAUAGGUUCUACAAACUAUAGGCAAUCUCCGUGAAAAGUAAGAGCAAGUGGUAGAACAAAGCGAAUAUUUGGUUGAAGAGGUCUAAUUGUGAAAAGUAAGGAUUAUCGAAACUAUAACUGCUCAAGGUCCUUCUCCUUUUUGGCUGUAAUAACUGGAUUGCCUCCACCUGAGGAGAACAUUUUCUGCCGUGCAGACGACGUCAAGAUGCUCGUCGAGUGUUUUGGAAGUCGUCCUGAUUUGCCGCAACGAAUAAACGAAUCACCGAGGUCUCUCGCCGCACACAAUAGGAGCCGUCCAUCUGUCUGCCGCGUUUUUGACCUCAAAUUACCGCCGUCCCGUGCCUCGCUUUGGUUUUUUUUUCUUACUUCAUGUCUUACUAUCUCAGGAAACGAGGCUGGUUUACGAUCGUCCAGAAUCGCUCCUGCAAACCGUCUAAUUGUGCCUUUUACGGCUCGGCGCGAUUUCUGUGUUUUCGAACAACUGGUGUCCUUUCUAGUUUCAUCUAACCUGCUUUUUUUAUUCUUUAAAAAGUCGGGAGUUGGAACCGUAUCAAGGUUUUCUUCGGUUACUUCUUUUUCGAGAGCUUCUCAAUCAAAGUGUCAUUAAAUUAAUUUAUUUUCGUUUUCUUUUUAUAAUGUCAUCUCCCUCUAUAUAAUAUAUAGACUAUAUUUCUCAUCGUUUUUUUUUUCCAGAAUUGCCGUUUUUUCUUCGAAAGCGCAUUAUCAGUCUCUGUUUUGGUUCACCGAUGUCUCUGAGUUUUGAUAGAUAAUGAUCCGUUUUAAAAUAGCUAGCUCAUCUGAACAUAUUACAUUAUCUCCAAAAAAGUCUUGUACAAUUCUCGUGACGUUUUCAAAGUGCAAAUAUUCUUCCAAUAGAGUUUUGAAGCUCGCAAAAAAAAGAGAGAGAAAACAAAUCAGUUCUUCUCCCGUAUUUCUGAAGCUCACAACUCACGCUAAAGCGUUUUUGAGACCAUUAUACUGUUUUUGAUGUUUUCCGGCGCUCGUCAGUCUAUACUUUGUGUCAGAUUCUCUUUAAAAAGUAUAGCUAUAAUAAAACAUAAAAUUUAAUGCUGUACUAGAAAUUUGAAGAAAUUGCUUUCGGUUCUUUACUGAGGUUACAAAAAAAAAAGUUGCAAGAUACAAUUUAGGUCGACAUUUUUUGGUGUUUGAUCAUUUUACGUAAAGUUCAUGUUAAGAAAUGAUUUCACAAAAUCGGAGAAUUCGAUUUCUUGACGCAAAACCAAGGUUUCUGAAGAACUUUUUUUUAAAAAGCGGCAAAACGACGUCUAUUUGUAGAAACCAGAUCGACUUUUAACAUGUUGAGAAGAAGCUUACUUUUCAGGAAUAGAUAAGCGGAUUUUCCUUCUAACUACUAUUUUUUUUUUGAGAUUCCUAUUUUAGCUGCUUUCUUGAAGCAUUUUUGCAUUUUUUUUUAUUUGUUGAUCGUUGUGUUAGUCCUUCGAACGGAAUAUAGACGAAUCGAAGUGAAUACUUAAGAUUUUCGCAAAAUGACUUCGAUGUAGUUGAGGGAGUACAUUCAAAAAAAAGCUAUUCUCCCUUGAAAAAUAAAAGAGGAAAGUUUCUUCAUUCGGAUAACCGCCUCGAUAUCUAGAUGAGCUGUUGUGUUUGAGGAUAGCACGGUUUGUGGGAAACGAGCGACGAAUUAGCCGCGAGUGGGCAGCCGGUUGCCGCGCCUUCGGAUCUGCAAUUGAUAUGCGCCGGCGAGAAGACGUUAUCAGCAGAGCGCGGUUCUGCUUGAACGCCUCUGACCCACAUGUCCUUCUCUCUCGCAGUCCUCAGCAGUCCAUAUCACCGUCAUUGUUAUUCUUUCCCGAUUCUCUUCUCUCUCCCUCUCAAAUGUUUCUAUAACCUGAGCAAUAAGUUUCUAUGAGUCCUUCAAUCCUAUACCGGUGAAAUGGAUACCAUCUUUCUUCUCAAGGGAAAUUUCCUCUUCCUAUACUCUCUCUGGAAAACUUUUAUAUGUUCUUUUGCAUAUCCGGAAAAUCCUAGAUUUGUUUAUUCAGUCUCUGUAAAGUUUUCGAAAUCAUUUUCAAACUAAAGUUCCGGAAAAUAGUAUGAAUAACGACGUAUUCUUACAAAAACUUAAAAUUCCAACAACCUCGAAAUUUAUCCUUUUUUCAAAUUUCUUACCAUGUUUUUUUUAUCGCAUCUAACGGUAGCCAGUUGAAUAUAGCUAAGAUUAGGGUCCGCAAGCCAUUUCUUCAAAACGAUCCAAAAAAUAUGCUUUUUCCACUAUUCGAAAGAAGAGAUUGUCAAUUUUCAUAAUUCGUUUAGUUUUUGAAAAAAGGUGCAUUAAGAAAAAAGUUAUGGCCAAAAAACUAGCGCGCGCGGCGUAAAACUGGAGGCAAAAUCUCACGGUUUACCCGCUGCCGCACGCUUUCUUUUUAACUGUUUUUGCGCAUUUCUGAACCGUUUUCAAAUCGGUUUUUUGUUCUGAGAGAUUGUCAUAACUGAGCUUCAUGUUUUGGUAUGAAUCUUUCGUACAAUUCUCAUAAGAAUUUUUUUGAUAAAAUAUCAAAAAAAACUACUUAGAAAAAAGGUCAGAAGGAAUUUUCCCCUUACUUUCCUUUUUUCUAAUCAGAAAAAUUAUUAUCAUUUGGUUUGAAAAAAAGAAAAAAUGAAAAAUAAUGUUAUUUCGAAAUAUAACAGGAAAAAGUGCAAUUUGAAUACGAAAAACGGCUCCUGCAACAUUUAAAAGUGCGCAUCGGUGUGUUUGACGCAAACACAGCUACGAACGCUUGCACGAAUUCUUUCAAAAUUUCAAAAAAAAAUGCCAUUUUUUCGAGGUUUUCAAAGCCGUUAUUUUUUUCGUGUCGUUUGAUUUUUUUCAUAAUUUCUCCAUUGAUAGAGUUUUGAACGCUUAAUAACAUAAUCAAAAGUAUAGACGCGAUCCUAUUCUCUUAUGCGUCAACGAGGCAGGCGAAAAAAAGGAGGUUUUGGUAAAACUUAAAUAUCAUUUGAUUCGCUGUCCCAAUAAUUAUUUUUCAUUCUGAAUUUUUAAUUUUUUUGAACACAUUUUGAGUUUUUUUAAAUCAAAUAAAAAGUAUACCAUGUCGCUGAAAUUUUUUCGCAUUUCAGCCUCAAAGAUUGGUGUCACUUUACAAGCUUCGAUUUUUUUUCGCGUCGUUGGAAUUUUUUAAUUUUCACUCAAAAAUAAAGAAAGUGUUAAUGUAUAACAUACUCAAAAUUCGGAAGCGUUCCUCACUUGGUUUUCAGAAACGCGACGAUUUUCUGAAACUUGUCAGUUUUUUUCGUGUUAAAUCUUAUUUUUUCGCUUAUUUUUGAAAAAUACAUAGUUUAAAAGUUUUUCAGCCCUGUAGAGCGUUGUCGAUUACAUAGAUUAACAGAAACAAUUCAUUUUUAAAGUGGGACUUUAGCUAGUAUAAACGCCUCAAAACCGUUUUUGCAACAAAAAAAUCGUCAUUUUGGUGGCGCGAAGGGGAGGGCUUUGCGCCCCCUAGCUAAUAUUACAUUUUUUUCAAAAAAAGCUUAGUUUUUUUGAUGGGUACAUGAACAGCUUCGUUUUAGUUUGGAGAAAUGAAGAAGAAGUUAAUUAGAUUUUUUUUGAUGAUUUUUGGCCUUAUUCUUUUGUUGAGCACUCGUAAUUUUUUGCUUCAACUUCGGUAUAGUCAAUUUUCACCGACUUGAACAGCGAGAGAGGCGGAGAAAGGGGCGGAACGCGUAGCGUGUGCGUGCGCGGUUCUUGGUACGAGUUGAAUUCAACCGUCAGCUACUAAUUUGAGAGCUUGUUUAUCGCUCUAUUCAUUUUUUUUUAAAAUCUUUAUUUGUUUUUCUCGUUUUUGCCUUAAAAAUUAGUAGAGUAGAUACUAAAGAGCGGCGACCGAGCUUUUCAAAUUCGACCUCAGAUGAGAUAAGUCGAAAAGGUAGUUUUUUAGAAGUUCACAUGUAUAUUUCAUCUGACUUUCUCGGAAGGCAACAAUAUGCCGUCGUAAGCCUCCCGGUCAUUCGAGCAUAUUUUUUAUUAUCCGCCGUGUGUUCGUUGGACCAACAUUCCGAUGCGAAUGUUAUUUAUGCGGUCGUUGAAACGAGUAUUCGGUGAGAAACGGCUUCCCGACGGCAUUUCGCGGCUGGCAAAGAACCUCUGAAGAAGUUGCGUUGUAACUGUCGCCUGCAAAAAAAAAGAAGAACAUCUCGAUUUUGACCUUUUUUCCAAACAAUCACCUUCCAAGCUGAUUCAAUGCAUAAGAGUUGCAACAUACGCGGCGAAACUGGUUAACCCGGCCUUCGUUUUGAAUUUAAUUGCCAGACUGGUCAAUUAAAACGGAUAGAUUAUGCAACACGCCCUUCAACUCAUCCGAAACGCUUGAUGUAGCCGUUCCGCCUCAUCACUCGGGCGCGACUCUCAAUCUUCAUUCAUUUUUUUCGCUUCAUAUUUAGAAAUCUCUCAGAAAAUGUUCCGCGAGAAGAAAAUUAGGUAGGUUUUCGAAAAUUCCUCUUUUCGUAUACAUCAUGCCAUUUCUUGAACAAAGGAUGAUUUUUUUCUUCUCACAUUUCAAUCUGGCAGAUAUUUAAAUACAAACUAAUUUUUUUCUCUUUUUUUAUUUUUAUAGAAACUUUUUUUGAAUCGUUUUUUUAGCCUGGAGAAUCGUACAGAAAUCAUAUUUUGAUAUUAUUUAUUCAAAGAGUUUUUCGAAAGUGGGCUAGCCAAGUCAUGUCUCAUUUCAAUUAAAUUUUUCAGCUCUGCGUUUCGACUUUUUCACAAAUAAUAAUUUUGAUGGAACAAAGACAAUUAAUGUGACCGAGAUCAGAAGAAUUCUGGUUCUGGGUGAGUUCAUCGGCUAUCUGGCCCGACAAGAUUUGCUGGAAGCUGCCGCAGGACACCCGCCUUUGUCCCCAACUCAACUCGGCGGCUCCUUUCAGCUGUCAGAAACAUCAGCGACACUGUUCGGGCCACGCCCCUUUUCGGCUCGCAGCUGGAGACAUUCCAAGGCGAUCCGCGCAGUACGUCCCCACCCUUUUACGACUUCUUUGUUGACUCCUUUAACACUUCCUCUAUCUCACCGUUUUUGCGAUGAUCAUCGUUAGUCAUUUUUCUUGAUGAGACUCAACUUUUUUCUUUGCGAAGAAAUCAUUUUGGAAAGUGUUAGACGUUCAGAAAACUUUACUCAUUAUAAUCGAUUGAUUGAAAUAAUGACAGUUCAAAACGGAUGUGUUUUAUUUUUACGAAGAAAAUUUUUUCAAAUUGAGUAAAAAGCAAAAAUUAGAGCUUUUCAAUGAACUUCUCGAUCAAGAGAAGCAUUUUUUUAACCAGAAAAAAAUUAUUCAAUCCGAAUCGUAUGAAUUUAACGAAAAACCUGAAUACUAUUUUCUGUACGACUUGAGAAGAAUUACGUCCGAAAGCAAGAACUCAUAGUUUAAUCAUUACUGUUCUUAAUUUAUGUCUUUUUGAAAUGUAGAACUCAUCGUCUGCUACAGUAACCCUGUUUUGCGACUUCGUCCGUUUUGCUUUGUUUCAAACCAGAUACUUUCCUUUCACUGUCUAACUUUUUCCAAGGACACGAGCACUCUCUGCCGAUUUCCGAAGGUUUUUGUGGUCCCUUCAAAUGAGAUGAGCUCAUUUUCAUGGCUCAGCUUUCACCAAAUUUUUUGCCCGGAAUGUUACAUGUGGGCAAAACGAAAGUAGUUUUGGACUCGUCGAGCCGCCUCAUUAGGACUCUGCGAGCUCCGGGGUCACGCAAUCUCGGCUCUAUUCAUGUUUGGAUGUCAGCUUGAUCCGAAAGCUCUUGUACAGCCUUCCGAACUAGGCGAUCGGAACCGAUUUAAAAAAAUGGCUGCUUUGAAAGGCUGAACCGAAAUUUUCAAUUUAUUUUUAUCAAAUUGGUUAAACACUCGAAGGUCUUUUCCAAAUAAGGUGAAAAAGAAAUUCCCGUAUUCACACCUAGUUUCCAAAUUUUUGACAAUAAGUUACUUUAAAAGAAGAUCUGUGGAAAAGUCCAGUCUUAACACCUCUACCGCAUCCAAUUCCUUUGAAAUAUUGUUUUUUUUUUCAAACUUUCGCCGCUCACGCCGAUCCGGUCAGUUGAAAUCUGAUCGCCGUGGAUCUCGAAGAUCUUCCUGCGAGCCAAGCCACGCCCCCUCCCAUUCGGAGCUUUUCUUUGUGCUCCUUUCUUCCAGAAACUCAUGCGCGAGCGGCCAGUUACAAACGAAAUGAAAAAUUUUUUCCGCGGCCAAUCCAUUUGGCUUUCCCAUUUCUCGCGUCGAGCUCACGUCUGAGCCGUUUUUUUUCCGUACUGAGCAAAUUCAGAGCAGUCGAGAACCUAUUCGUCGAACUUUCCAUGAGUUAUAUUUUUUUGAGGAGCUUUGUAAUAAAGAAUCGUUUUAUAUUUUAACAGCCGAUUUUUUCAGAGGAAACCUUAAGAUUUUUUUUAUUUAUCUUUAUUUUCAAGCUUUUAAAAAUUUUCUACAGUCUACCUGUUUUUGGUGAAAGUUUUGUUCUUCAUGAAAAGAGAAAAAACGUUUUGGACAGUAAAAUUUAUAUUGUACUCAUUCGGAACGCUCACAUUCAGUCACUCCUAUCUAUCAACAAUUCAGUUUUUUGAAAAUUGCUUCUGCUUUUCUUGCCUUUUCGGCUUUUCGCCCUCGCCUGUUGGAACUCAACCUGAAUUCGAGCUCAACUUCCAUUCGAAGUCUCUUCUCAAUUUCUACAGGCUUCCAGAAACAAGAGCUCGAGCCGAUGGUGCGAUGUGGAUGAUGAAAGCUGCGCUCGCGGUGCUCGUCGCCGUCGACGUCGUCGCGUCGCGCAGGCUUCCCGACGUCUUUUGGAACUCCACCAACACCAUGUACGUCGUUAUUGAGCUCUUGAUACUGAGGUAGCAAUUACGAAGAGCAGAGACGCGUUCAUAAUUAUAAUAAUGGUUGGCGGAGGAAAAUGAAGUUAUCGGAGGUUAGCAUAACAACCGCUUGGCGUAUGCAAAUAUCGGCCAAGCGGCACUUACGUAAUUAAGAAUAGCUGUGACGGGGGCUGUCGCCUAGAAAACGCCUUGGCUCCUUCGUUAGGUUGGCGAGAAUUGCAAAUUAGGCCCGUUGGAGCGCAUUAUCUGUAAUUGUUCGGCUGCCAACACGGCCUCCUGCAACAUCUGACGAGAACGGCUCCAAGGAGACUAUCUUUUAGACAAACAAACCAUUUUGAGAAUCUAAAAACAGCUUCUUUAUUUUCAGAGGAAGAAUUGCUUUAGCACUGAGACGUGUAACUUACAAAAGUGACCUUCCAUGUUAGAUGAAAACAUAUGAAAGCUUUGACAAAGGGGAUUCUUGUUGAAAACGUUUGAAGUUUGAAAAAACCGACCGAGAAAUCCGCUUUUACUGUUAAAUGACUCGGUGAUAAUGCUCGGAAAAUAAUAAUGGUUAAAUAUUCAGCGCGAUAAGGUAUCAAGUAGAAGCCUGUGGAUAACUGUCCAGAAACUUCUUCAAAUUUCUUCAAUCUUCCUAUAUUUCAGAUGAAACUUUGUCUCGUUUGACACAUUAAUGGAUGUUUUGAGCACUCGUUUUCAAAUUGGAUGAAAUAAACUGGGCUUCUCAUUUUUUCAAAAAUUUUUUUGUGCGAUCUCGACCGAUGUCUUUUUUCAUAUAUUCUUCAGAAAUUUCUCUUCUUUCCGGUUUUUGCUGCCGCUGAAGCAUGUACCUAGACUCUUGGAUCAAUUCAAAUAGGCAGACGUUUGGAGUCACAAUUGAAAAAGAUCUCUCGAGAAAUACUAGUUGAGGGCUGUUUUGGUUGUUCCGAAGAGAAGACUCGGAUCUUCGGCGCGAUCUCGUGUAGUUCAUCAACGGUUACCCUUGACCGUACCGACGUUGUCCCCGAUCAGUUAUCGAUUGCGUCUAUUUUACGACAAAUGAGCUCUGGACCGUGUACACUACGCAACGAUGUCGGUUAUCUAGAUGAUCUGCGAAAAGAUGGAGAAUGACUUGGAUAUUGGUGCAUCGGAUUUCGGAACGAAGCAUUCAUGAAUAUGAAAAAUUAUUUUUGUUGAUUGAAAAAAAAAAUUGAAAAAGAGAGUGGGAAAAACAGGAAAAAUAUAGAAGUAAUCUUUUUCAGGACUUUCGUACAUUGCCGCUAGAUAAUCCCGGAAAAAACACGUUUUUGAAAUCUUUAUCAAUCUCUUCAAAUAAAGUUCUCGUGUUCAGUUUCUGAAUUUUUUCCAGUUCAGGUCUCUGGCUGCCUGUUUAUUGGACCGAUGAGAAACUUUCUAAACUUUUGAACUUUCUUUCGAAGUCCGUUCAUGAAAAUUUGCUGAUUUUUUUCAGUUUCGAGUGACUAGUCUAGGUUAUUAGCAAAGGCUGGAAUUUAAAAAAUACUUUGACUGUGUUGAAACUUUUCAAAAAUUUCUGUUCAAAUGAAAUUUCUGUUCAAAACUUUAUAGGAUUGAUUUUAAGCUUCGAUGUGUCGAAUACCGACCACGUGAUGAGCGUCCUGAUCGGCGACCGGCUCACGAUCCGUUGCCCUCGACCAGACAAUCUCCGGCCCUAUGAGUACUCUUACAUUUUCAUGGUGAGCUUUUUCAAGGCUCCAGCCAUUUCCUGCUCUUCGAGGCGUUCACAAGACCGCAAAAAAGCACGUUCCGGGUGUUUGAUUGCCUUUUGAAGCGUUCUCAUGCCUCCUAGCGGCAAAUUGAGCCAUUUCUGAACGCAAGAAGUCCCUCCAAAUUGGAAAAAAAAACUAAUUUUUUGAGGUUUCCGAGGAAGAGUACAGCCACUGUUUCCUGAAAGAGCCUCGGCUUGUCGGGGCCUGCGACAACGAAACCAACGAGGUGAGAAAUGAUCAAGGUGUUUACCGAAAAAAAGACUGCAGAUAUCGAUGAACAUUGUCUUCCGCCAAUUCACUCCAACACCUGGCGGCUUCGAGUUUGAACCUGGUCACACCUAUUAUCUCACCUGUGAGUGAAGUUCUGGAAAGAAUAGUUGGAACUUGAAUGGUGUCUAACCAAUUAAGCUCCCGAAGGGAUCUUCGAUGUUACAGACGAGAAUCAUGGAGGCAACCAAAACUUGCAUAGUUUAUUUUACUUUUUCCGAGGGCAAAAGGUUUAAAAAAUAGAGACUUUUGAUGUUCAAAAUGUUGAUUUAGUACAUGAAAGCGUCUUGUGGGUAAUUUCAUGGAAACCCUGAAGUUUGAAGUAUAGUUAUCAUCAUUGGAUGGAAUAGUUGGAAGUUCUGGCGCAUAAUUUUUUUUUUCCAACGUUUCUCAUCAAAGUAAAAUGUUUAAGCAACGUCUGAUGGAAGUCAAAAAGGCAUUGGAAGGAGAAAAGGAGGUCUCUGCGAAACUCAUCAGAUGAAGGUCAAGUUUGACGUGAGUUCAUUCAUCUUUUUUUUUGUACAUUCAAAGAAAGAGAUUUCUUAUAAACGAAGAACCAAAAAACUCGAUUCAGGUGUUCGCACAAGACGGCGGCCGUCCGAAGUUCGCCGCGAGGAUAAACAGGUAAAUUUUCUUUGUUGUAAUGAUCCUUCGACCAAGGUGAUGUCAGAAUAUUUUCUAUUCUGUUUACGAUUCAAUUCGAAACGAAGUCGAAGUUCAGAAAAGACGAGGAGACGUCCUCGACGCCAGUCAUGUACGUCAUUCACAACGACGAGGAAGACGACGGUAAUUAUUUCUCAUGACAAGAUUGUUGCCUUAGCUCGCCAUUUGGGAGAAAUUUCAUACCUAGUUUCAGAAACUGGCAAAUCAAGUUUACUUCUAAAAACUAAAUUCCAUAGAAGGGAAAAAAGGUCGAAAAAGCGUCAAGAAAUUGUAACUUUUGAAAAAGUAUUUUUCCACUAUUAUAAUAAGAGGGAGCAAUCUUGAAAGGUCUGAAUGGAAGAAAGAUUUCGGAUAGCGAAGAGCAACUCGAAGAGUUCAAAGAGAAAGAUUGCAGACGACAACGCGGCGGCGACGACGACGAUGCUGGCAGCUCUUCUCGUCGCUGGUUUGGCGUUUCCGAAUUUCGCCCAUAUUUUGUGAUUGAUCGGCCGCCGCACCGUCCGCCAUUUCUUCUGUUUCCCCACACCCAAACAAAAACUUUCUCCCGUGUUUACAGCUCUCGUACUUUGGUACAAGCUCCACAGUCAUGUACUUUUGUGUCUCCGUUUAUUUCUCUGAUUUUUUCUUGGUAAAUUGCCUUGUUUUUGAAGAAUAAUUUCGAAUUCCAAAGAUAUUUUCGUUUUCUUUCUCAAAGUCUUGAUAUUAUUUUGAAAUUGAUGUUUCUGUUCACAGCGUGAAAAAUGGAUAGUAUGUUCCUACCAAUUCCCAUAUGAUUUUUAAUUUACGAAUUUCCAAUGCCACGGGUUGUAAAUUAAUCCAGUGUUUUUUUCAUAUUUAACAUUCCUUUCGGUUUUUUUGUUAUUUCAUGUGUUGAAAAAAACUGUGAUUGAAAAAGUAUUAAUAAAAUGAUUUUGAAUGUUAAGAAACCUUGUCUUUGAAGAAAAGAACACUUCAAAAAGAAAAGAGGUCGUCAAAUUCUUCUGUAUAAUCUCGCGUUCAACUUUCUGUGCCAUGGAAGUUGUGGAGGAGCCGAUGGUCAAACCCCUCGCGAGGUUCUUUUUUUGAGUAUAAAUAAUUAAUUUCGAAGAUUGAAGCAAAUAGAAAACUUUCAGAUAGUGUACUUUUUCCUUUAGAAAAAAAGACAAAGUCCAGUGCGAUCGAAUUUUAUGGAUUUUCGGAAACUUUUUUUAAAUGUCAACUUUUUUUAAAUAUCUUUUUCAAACUAAAUUUCUCAACUUUGAGACCGAAGAAAAGUCGAUGGCCGUCGGUGAGCCUUUCUCUGUGCUCCUUGAUCGUCGCCGUCGGAGGCGCUUUCAACUUCGGAUUUCAGCUUUUGAUUACAAAUCCAGCGCAAGAAGCCUUUAUCCAGGUUCUCCGAAAAAGGUCAAAUUAUUCGAAAGAUGAUAUUUUCAGUUUUUAAACGCUUCGAGGUCUUUAAGAGACGACGGCACUGACAAUCUCAAGGAUUUAGAAGUUUGUUCAGUUCUUUUUCGCACCAAAAGAUUUUCAGAACGAAUGGUCUUCUAUAGUCGCCACAUUUUUCCUAGGAUCUUUUUGCGGGGCAUUCUUGAUCCGUUUAGUAUCAGAGAGGUCAAUGACUUCCUACUCUUGUAAGCUAAACUCGGUUUUUUAGGCUGGGUCGCAAAAAAGGCCUCAUUCUUUCACACGCCAUCCAAGCUUUCGGAUGUCUCCUUACAAUUCUUAGCUAUUUUGUGAGUUUAUUCGCGUUUUUGAGACAAAAAAACGAUCAGACCGUGAAUCACUACGUCUUCGUCGUUUCCCGAAUCAUCAUUGGGAUCGGUAUCACGAUUUCGAUGGGAAUUUCGGCCAUGUUCAUAACGGAAUGCAGGUUUUUCUUUGCAAGAGUUGUUGAAAGGCGUCGAGUUGAGCCCCUGCGAAUGUCGCGGCGUGACUUCCCUGGCCAACGGAACCAUGCUUCAAUGUGGCCUUGUGGUCGGCGCCGUUGCCGCGAUGCCGCAAGUCAGUACUCAGAAAACUAUUUCGAAGCAAUCGUUUCGGAUUUAUCACUUGAUGCUCAGCUGCUGGGUACGACCGAGAGGUGGUUCUGGUUGUUCGUCAUCGAGCUCUUCGGCCUUGUUGGCGUAUUGUCCGCUAUGCCUUUUGUCAAGGAGUCUCCUGGGUUUUGCUGAAACCAAAAGUUGACACCGGAAAUUGUUCAGGCAUUUACUUGCUCACAAUCGAAAUUCCGAAGCCAUUUCUUCCGUUCAAUUCUACUACAACGUUACCCAAUCCAGAGCGCGGAAAAUUGUAGACGAUAUGAGUUCGUUGAAGUCUGGACAGAAAGAAUCUCUAGUUUCUGUUUGGAAGGUAAGUCAUUUUUUUUGAAGCUUUUUUUUAUUGAUCUUUUCAUAUAUUUUUUCAAAGAUUUCAGAGAGAGAGUGUGUCUCGAAAAUGAAGAAUCGUUGAAAAACCUUUUCCGAUUGACUAAUUACUCUAAUUUCUGAUCAUUUUUAUAAUAUGCAUUUUAUGAAAAAGACUCGAAAAAUCAUGCAAGCAUGUCCCUUUUUGAGAGGUAGACAAAUAGAACAUUGUUCCGACUGGGACCCAAUCAAAUUGAGGAUCCCUGGACCCGACGCGGGACCCUCAUCGGCUGUUUCGUCAUGUGGAGCAUGGCGAUGAGCGGAAUUACAGGUUUUUUUUAAAGUUUUGUUACAACUUUCCUGACCUUUUUUUUUUAGUAAUAAACGCUUUUGCCUUCGAGAUCUUGGUGAACACGGGUCUGAAUCCCUUUGAAGCCUCCUUGGCCAAUGUUUUCGUUUGUCUUUUCUCUGUGGUUAGUCAGUUCGACACAAUCCGAUGUUGUUUGGAAAAUCAGUACUCAUUCAGCUGGGCAUUCUGAUGUCAACGACGAUAAUUGAGAGUCACGGACGUCGUCCUCUGCUUCUGUCGACUUUCGCUUGUCUGGCAGUAAUCAACGUCGCCGUCUUCGGCUUGAUGUUUGCCUUCGGAAGGACCAAGGUCCCAUCCGUCGGCCUCGCCCUCGUCGCCGCCAUCUGCGUCUUCAAUUUCGUGUUCGCCAUGGGUCCCGGGCCGCUGUCGUUGUUCAUCUCUGGCGAACUGGUCGGCCAAAACGCGCGCUCAGCCUCUGCCACUUGGGCCAACGCCACCAUGGCAGCGACGUCAGUUUUCCUUCAUUCAUACUCAAUGAUUCAUUUAUUUUUUAAUUAGCUUGUCCUCAUAUUAUGAAUUUUUAGAAGAUCAGUCCUUCUUGCGGUGUACAUACCUUUUAAAAAUGCGACUUCUGAAUCCACUGCUUACAUCGCUUUUUUCCUUUUCCCCAUGGUUAGUCUCAGCUACAGAGCUACCAAAUGAUGAGAGAAAUCUUUCAGGUAUUUGCAGUGUUCGUUUUGUACUUCACUCUCCCUGAAACCAAGGGAAAAACUGUGGAAGAAUUGCGCGAAAAAGCGUUGAGUAGGCGUUUAUUGAAAUGA